AUGCCCAGAAUGAGCUUGUCCACUCCAAUACUCUCGAAGAUGUGGUCCAAGCGUUGCAACGUCACGGUGUCAUCGACGAGCACCGGAUAUACGCAUUCACGCACGUCCUCGGGAGUUGUGCCAAAGAGAACCUCGAACCCAUUUUCGGACACUUCUUCCACAUCAUUGAAACAGCCCAGUGUUGAUGAAUUCUUGGAACCCUGUCCCGCGCGCGCUGGGACAAACCAAGCAGCAGUUGCUCCGACGACGGAAGGUUCUGGGUUCAUCUCAGCCGGUGCGGCCCAUCCAGCAGCUGAGACUGCGCAAGGUGCGCCAGAAAAGCCGCGGACUGCUUAUCUGGUUCUACUCGAUCUCUCUGCUGACGUUCGGCAUCACGUUUCUGCUUCUGAACUCGCUCGUGCCGAUCGAUGUGAUUUUGCGCUCGCUCACCAGCUCCAUCAUCGCAUUGAACACCCUCGUCAUUGUCUGUGCUUGUGCGCUGUUUCUAGUGCUGAGUGCCGUCAUCUACAUUUUUCGCAUUCUCAACAUCAAAAAACACCUGCAAGACAUCCCGAAACCAUACAUGCCCAUCACAGAGAAAGACAUCGGCAAACGGGAAGCCGAGUACAUUGCCCAGCAGAUUGCGCGCACAAAGGAGAUCAGGAAAUUGGCAGGCCCUCAGGGCCCCCUGGACCAUGCUGGACUGCACUGCGACCAAAGCUCGUCGGACAUCCCGCUGCCGGACAAACUGAUAUACGAGAACGUGGUGUGCGCCAUUGGCGAAGACAUAAAAUACCGCCACGCGCUACGCCUGACCAGCACUUUCCAGGUCAAGGUCGAGCCCAACCAGACGUUGCGGGAUAUUAUAUCCACCGCGGUGCAGAAAACGAGUCUUUCUGCCCGCGACUCCGAUCUACUGGCGGAGUUUCUGUUGCACUACGAGAAACUGAGGUUCAGCGGGCGGCCGAUCACCAAGACCGACUUUCUCACGUUCCUUCGCUUAUGGGACCACACACGGACAAUACUCAAAAGACAAUUGUAGCAUAG